GCGAUGUUGAUGGCGUUGAUGGUGUUGAGGAUGCUGCUGAUGUUGAGGUUGCUGGUGAUGGCGAUACUGGUGAUGGUGAUGUUGUUGAGGAUUAUGCUGAUGACGGUAUUAACAAUGAUGAUGGUGACGAUGAUGAUGGUGACAAUGAUGUUGGUGACGAUGAUGAUGGCGAUACUGGUGAUGGUGAUGAUGUUGAGGAUUAUGCUGAUGACGGUAUUAACAAUGAUGAUGGUGACGAUGAUGAUGGUGACGAUGAUAAUGGUGACGAUGAUGAUGGUGACGAUGAUGAUGGCGAUACUGGUGAUGGUGAUGAUGUUGAGGAUUAUGCUGAUGACGGUAUUAACAAUGAUGAUGGUGACGAUGAUGAUGGUGACAAUGAUGUUGGUGACGAUGAUGAUGGCGAUACUGGUGAUGGUGAUGAUGUUGAGGAUUAUGCUGAUGACGGUAUUAACAAUGAUGAUGGUGACGAUGAUGAUGGUGACGAUGAUAAUGGUGACGAUGAUGAUGGUGACGAUGAUGAUGGCGAUACUGGUGAUGGUGAUGAUGUUGAGGAUUAUGCUGAUGACGGUAUUAACAAUGAUGAUGGUGACGAUGAUGAUGGUGACAAUGAUGUUGGUGACGAUGAUGAUGGCGAUACUGGUGAUGGUGAUGAUGUUGAGGAUUAUGCUGAUGACGGUAUUAACAAUGAUGAUGGUGAUGAUGAUGAUGGUGACGAUGAUAAUGGUGACGAUGAUGAUGGUGACGAUGAUGAUGGCGAUACUGGUGAUGGUGAUGAUGUUGAGGAUUAUGCUGAUGACGGUAUUAACAAUGAUGAUGGUGACGAUGAUGAUGGUGACGAUGAUGAUGGCGAUACUGGUGAUGGUGAUGAUGUUGAGGAUUAUGCUGAUGACGGUAUUAACAAUGAUGAUGGUGACGAUGAUGAUGGUGACGAUGAUGAUGGUGACGAUGAUGAUGGCGAUACUGGUGAUGGUGAUGUUGACGAUCAUCCCAGACAGGUUCAAGAUGUCGACCAAACUCAAGAUCGUCACGAUCCACCAGGAGCCGUUCGUCUACGUGAAGCCGACGCUGAAGGACGGCACCUGCAAGAAGGAGCUCACCAUCUUCGGCGACACCAUCCAGAAGGUCAUCUGCAUGGGGCCCAACAACACCCUUCCAGUUCGUUGUGUGGCGGCAGGGCGUCCCAUCGUGCCGCAGUGCUGCUACGGCUUCUGCGUGGACCUCCUCAUCAAGCUGGCCAACAACCUCAACUUCACCUACGACGUCCACCUCGUGCACGACGGAAAGUUCGGCACCCAGGAGAGGGUAAACAACAGCAACAAGAAGGAGUGGAACGGCAUGAUGGGGGAGCUGCUGAUGGGCCAGGCGGACACCAUCGUGGCGCCGCUCACCAUCAACAACGAGCGGGCGCAGUACAUCGAGUUCUCCAAGCCGUUCAAGUACCAGGGACUCACCAUCCUCGUCAAGAAGGAGAUCCCGCGUAGCACGCUCGACUCGUUCAUGCAGCCGUUCCAGAGCACGCUGUGGCUGCUCGUGGGACUCUCGGUGCACGUGGUGGCCGUCAUGCUCUACCUGCUCGACCGCUUCAGAUCCAUUCCAGCUGCACGUCCGUCGUGUGUCACGUGAUCCAUGCCAGUGCUUCACCAAAGGGGAACACACCCUCACCCCCCCCACCACCACCAUCAUCAUCAUCCCACCACCACCCUCCCCA